GAGGCACAGUCAUGGAAUGUGGAGUCUUACACUGUUCCUCGCUAGAUGGUCCCUUGAAAAUUUUUGCAAGUACCAGCACAGUGACACUGCCUGAAACCUUGCUGUUUGUGUCAACCUUGGAUGGAAGUUUGCAUGCUGUCAGCAAGAGGACAGGUUCAAUCAAAUGGACUUUAAAAGAAGAUCCGGUCCUUCAGGUCCCAACACACGUGGAAGAGCCUGCCUUUCUCCCAGAUCCCAAUGAUGGAAGCCUGUAUACACUUGGGGGCAAGAAUAAUGAAGGCCUGACGAAACUUCCCUUUACCAUCCCAGAGUUGGUACAGGCAUCCCCAUGCCGAAGCUCAGAUGGAAUACUGUACAUGGGUAAAAAGCAGGAUAUUUGGUACGUCAUUGACCUCCUGACGGGUGAGAAGCAGCAGACUUUGUCAUCAGCCUUUGCAGAUAGUCUCUGCCCAUCAACCUCCCUUCUGUAUCUUGGGCGAACAGAAUACACUAUCACCAUGUAUGACACCAAAACCCGAGAGCUCCGCUGGAAUGCCACCUACUUUGACUACGCAGCCUCACUGCCUGAGGAUGAUGGGGACUACAAGAUGUCCCACUUCGUGUCCAAUGGUGAUGGGCUGGUGGUGACUGUGGACAGUGAGUCUGGGGACGUCCUGUGGAUUCAAAACUAUGCCUCCCCGGUAGUGGCCUUCUAUGUCUGGCAGAGGGAGGGUCUGAGGAAGGUGAUGCACAUCAACGUUGCUGUGGAGACCCUACGCUACCUGACCUUCAUGCCUGGGGAGGUGGGCCGCAUCACCAAGUGGAAGUACCCAUUUCCCAAGGAGACCGAGGCCAAGAGCAAGCUGACGCCUACUCUGUAUGUCGGGAAGUACUCCACCAGCCUCUACGCCUCCCCCUCCAUGGUGCACGAGGGGGUCGUCGUUGUGCCCCGAGGCAGCACUCUUCCUUUGCUGGAAGGCCCCCAGACGGAUGGUGUCACCAUUGGGGACAAAGGAGAGUGUGUGAUCACACCCAGCACAGACCUCAAGUUUGACCCUGGACUCAAAGGGAAGAGCAAAUUCAAUUACUUGAGGAAUUACUGGCUCCUGAUAGGACACCAUGAAACCCCACUGUCUGCAUCUACCAAGAUGCUGGAGAGAUUUCCCAACAAUCUGCCCAAACAUCGGGGAAAUGUGAUUCCUGCUGACUCGGAGAAAAAGAGCUUUGAGGAAGUUAUCAACCUGGUUGACCAGACCUCAGAAAACGCACCCACUGUGGUGUCUCAGGAUGUGGAAGAGAAGUUGGCUCGUGCCCCCACCAAGCCUGAGGCCCCUGUGGACUCCAUGCUCAAGGACAUGGCCACCAUCAUCCUGAGCACCUUCCUACUGGUUGGCUGGAUGGCCUUCGUCAUCUCCUACCCGCUGAGCAUGCACCAGCAGCAGCGGCUCCAGCACCAGAAGUUCCAGAAGGAGCUGGAGAAAAUGCAGCUCCUGCAGCAGCAGCAGCUGCCCUUCCACCAGCCUGGAGAGUUGACGCAGGACACCGAGCUCUUGGACACAUCCAGCCCUUACUCCGAGAGCUCAGGGACCAGCAGCCCCAGCCCAUCCCCCAGAGCUUCCAACCACUCACUCCAUUCCAACAGCUCUGCUUCCAAGGCUGGUACCAGCGCCUCCCUGGAGCAGGAUGAUGAGGAUGAGGAAACCAGCAUGGUGAUGGUUGGGAAAAUUUCAUUCUACCCAAAAGAUGUGCUGGGCCAUGGAGCUGAGGGCACCAUUGUGUACCGGGGCAUGUUUGACAGCCGUGACGUGGCCGUGAAGAGGAUCCUUCCUGAGUGUUUUAGCUUUGCAGACCGUGAGGUCCAGCUGCUGCGAGAAUCGGACGAGCACCCCAAUGUGAUCCGUUAUUUCUGCACCGAGAGGGACCGGCAGUUCCAGUACAUUGCCAUUGAGCUGUGUGCGGCCACCCUGCAGGAGUAUGUGGAGCAGAAGGACUUUGCCCACCUCGGCCUGGAGCCCAUCACCUUGCUGCAGCAGACCACCUCAGGCCUGGCACAUCUCCAUUCCCUCAACAUCGUUCACAGAGACCUGAAGCCCCACAAUAUUCUCCUCUCCAUGCCCAAUGCACACGGCAGGAUCAAGGCCAUGAUUUCUGACUUUGGCCUGUGCAAGAAGUUAGCAGUGGGCAGGCACAGUUUUAGCCGCCGUUCUGGGGUACCUGGCACUGAAGGCUGGAUUGCCCCAGAGAUGCUGAGUGAAGACUGCAAGGAGAACCCUACCUACACAGUGGACAUCUUCUCUGCAGGCUGUGUCUUUUACUAUGUCAUCUCUGAGGGCAGCCACCCUUUUGGCAAGUCCCUGCAGCGGCAGGCCAACAUCCUCCUGGGUGCCUGCAAUCUCGAUUGCUUCCACCCAGAGAAGCACGAAGACAUCGUUGCCCGUGAGCUGAUAGAGAAAAUGAUCGCAAUGGAUCCCCAGCAGCGGCCCUCGGCAAAGCACGUGCUGAAACAUCCCUUCUUCUGGAGCGUGGAAAAGCAGCUCCAGUUCUUUCAGGACGUGAGUGACCGAAUAGAAAAGGAGUCCCUGGAUGGCCCAAUCGUGAGGCAGUUAGAGAGAGGCGGGCGAGCCGUGGUGAAGAUGGACUGGCGGGAGAAUAUCACUGUGCCCCUCCAGACAGAUUUGCGUAAAUUUAGAACCUACAAGGGUGGCUCUGUGAGAGAUCUCCUGCGAGCCAUGAGAAAUAAGAAGCACCACUACCGGGAGCUCCCCGUGGAGGUGCAGGAGACCCUGGGCUCCCUCCCCGAUGACUUUGUGCGCUACUUCACAUCACGGUUCCCCCACCUCCUCUCACACACCUACCGGGCCAUGGAGUUGUGCAGCCACGAGAGACUCUUCCAGCCCUACUACUUCCAUGAACCCCCCGAGCCCCAGCCCCCAGUGACUCCAGAUGCCCUCUGAGCCUGGGUGACUCUGUUCUGGUGGCCCCAGCUGUGACAGCGGGCCUGGUCUGUAGUCCAGAGCCUGACACCACCCGGCUUGGCAGGGAGACCAGGCUUCCCAAACCAAGUGCCUUGAGCUGCCCCCUCUGCAGCCAGCAGAGGAUGAUGCUGACCCCAGGAAGGGGGAGAAGCAGCCUUUGAGACCUCCAGGGAGUGGAGGAGAAGCUGCCCUUUCCUGGUACAGAGGUGUCUGCAGAGGCGAGCUCAUCACAGAGGCCGUAGAAGGGACCCUGCUGACCUGCUGGAUGAGCUCCUCUCGCUUACCUCUCUGUAAAUUCCUGUUUCGUGUCAGUCUGCGGGACUUUCAGGAAGAGAGUGGAAGAAUCCUAGGUUUUGCCUGCACGCUGGGAUGUAGGAAGUGCAGCCUCUGCUAGAAGUGGGCUCAAGAGGUGAGGAGCACUGAGGAGGAGGACGUUCAGAGGGGUUGUUCCGGGGACAGGCGGUACCUCGACGAUCACAGAUGUGCCCAGCAGUGUUUUCUUAGGUAGUGAAGCCAUUGGCAUAAGGCAUGAAGUUAGAGACUGGCCGCUGACGCCUGUGGGCAGUUGAGACAGAUCUUCAGGGCCCUGGGAGAUGAAGAGGAUGCUGUGUUCACGAUGCAGUGCUACCUGCAUGGUAACCCUGGUGGCCUGAACGGUCGCCUGUGGCGGGUCACGUCCUGGGCCGUAGGGGCAGGAGAUGAAGAGUUCCCUGGCCAUCAGUGAGAGCAGCUAAGACGACAUACGGACAAAUCUUCUCGACAAGAAGGGAGCAACGGAGUGGGAGUCUCCCAGCCACCUAGAGAAAGCCCUGAACCAGCUUGUGAGGAUAAGGCUGCUCCGUCUCUGAGGCCAGCUCAUCAGGGCACAUGUGCUGGGUCAGGGCCUGGGGGUGGGAGCCGAGGCCAAGUGACUGGGGUUUGUGGGCCAGCUUUUAUGUUUCUCCUGGCAAAUUUUAAUGGCUACAUUUCAACCAUACUGUAGAAUGCUACAUGAGCUUAAGUGAGCUGAAUUUAACAUGAACUUACUUGUGAAAAAGAAAUGCAAGAUAUAUCUUCUAUUUCAUGUGGUACCAAAAAAUCUCCAUGCCUUUAAGAGUGUUCCAUUUAGAACAUUCUCUAAUGCUGAAGGAUAAAACAUUCUGGCAACACUGUAUAAAUGUAUUAAUGUCAGAGUAAUGUACCCUAAGUUAUGUCACUACCCUUUUUUCUCAAAUUAAUAUAAUUUUUUUACUUUAGUUUCAGUCAGAACUUCCUCUGUCCCCUCCGGAGAGCCUUGGAAGUUAAGAUGCAAUCAGGGGCCAUAGGAGGAAGCGCUGUGUGUCCUCUUCCUCCAUUUGAUCAGGGUCACUGCCCCGGCCCUGGCAAGCUGAGUCUUAGUUCCGAUGUCCCUGGCUAAGAGUGGCAUCGCCAGCUUUGAGCCCCAACGGGAGUCACUCCUGCUUCCUCCUGUGAGAAGUUUUCUGAUUGUGUUUGUGUCAGUGCCACUCACCCAAAUCUCAUUCUGCCUCUGGAGAUUUCAGCCUUGCUUUUAGAAAGGCCAGAGUGACUCUCUGUCUUCAUAUUAACAUGAUCUCACAUCUUUGAGCCUCAUGAAUGACCCUGCUUACGUAAGCCUUGGAACCUCAGCCUCUCGCUUGGCUUCCUCACCAUCUUCCAUCACAUGGUUGGUCUUCCAGGAGCGUGGCCAGACGGUUGCCUCUUGCUCUGACUGCUUUCUGCAGUUUCCCCGCACGUGGCUGCAGUUGCUUUGCCUGGGGUCUGAGGGGUGACGGCCCAGGGGGUGUGAAGAGGUGAAGCAGGUGCCAGGUGUUACCUGACAGGACUGCUCUGUGGACCGCUGCUCCCCUUGUUCUUGGUGGCUGUUUUCCAUCCAGGAAGUGCCCAGGUGAUUUCUAGUGGCUCAGUUUGUUGUCAUCUCCCUGUUUCUAGCUGCCUGGAGACAGCUUUUUCAGGUUCCUUUUCUGCUCAUCAGAGAGAUUCAUUUCUAACCAUCCAAAUUUCUCAGACUCCUGUAUUUGGCAUAUUUUAUUAGAGGACAUACUGUACUGACGUGGGUCGGCCACAGGGUGCUAUGGAAACCAAAGAGCCAGACAGGCCAAGCUCUGCCUUUGUAAAGCUUUUGUGAGAGAGCCAACAGCAAAUAAGUAUAAUACUACAGAGAAUGCAAGCAGGUGGGGAAGGCUGCGUGUGUGGGGUUUGCACACCUUCUGCCUUAAAAUCCCCGUCCCAGAAAUACCAGCUGUGGUCAGGUCACCUGUCUGUCUUCUCUGCUCACCUUUAGGGAUUCAGACUCGUCAGUCCUCCAGGUUUGCCUGAAGAGUUCUUGUGGAGACAUUGGUUUGGGAAACAUCCCGAGUGUACCUGCUGUAUCCAGUUUGAGCCAAGAAUUCCAGUUUCCCAUUGUCCUCACCGAGGGGAAGCUGUCUUUCCGAGGCCAGAACAGCUGUGUGACAUCGUGCCUCCUUAGUUCAAGCUACGCGGGCCUUCUAACUAGUCUUGGAAGGCUAUUUAAUUUUUCUCCAUCUUUCAGACAAUAUUCAGUUAUGCCUCUUAGGAAUCAGAAGACUUAAGGACUUGUAUUGCGCUCGUGAUGAACCCCUCUGACACGCUUCUCUCAUCGCUCCUUGAUUCUUUAAUUUCAGUUUUUGAAAGAAGCUGCACGUCACUAAGCACCAAAGCAUUUGCACUUUCGAGAACACUGCUAUCACCUGACCAGUCACGACAUCAUCGGGUGGCUGGAGGUGAAUUCUGGGCACAGGGGGUCCCUGUUCUUGGUGCAGCAGUUGUUGCAAGCUUUUCUGUGAUACAGCACCGGUCAGUUGCAGACUAACACUGAACAGCGGGGUCCAGCAAAACGCUGUCUUCCCAGCUCUAUGGCAGUUCUUUCUCGCUACAGUAAGAUUGCAA